AUGGCCUUAGUUGAAUUCUAUCGUUUUUCUAUAUCCUGGUCCCGCGUUAUGUCAGAUGGCACAAACGCUACAAUCAACCAAAAAGGCAUCGAGUACUACAAAAACGUCCUCCAAUCUCUUAAAGCUGCCAAAAUUAAACCCAUGGUGACACUUUACCACUGGGAUCUUCCUCAAGCCCUCCAGACCAAAUAUGGCGGUUGGGUUAACGAGACGCUCGUUGGUCUGUUCAAAGAAUAUGCCAGGCUUUGUUUUAAGGAGUUUGGAGACGAUGUUAAGUGGUGGAUCACGUUUAACGAGCCCUGGGUGGUCACAUUCCUGGGAUAUGGGGCUGGGCAAGAUGCCCCUGGAAUCAAAGACCCUGGAUACAGUCCUUACAACGCUGCACACACCAUUAUCAAGGCUCACGCAGAAGCUUAUCACCUCUACCAAGAAGAGUUUAAUCAAGAUAAAGAAGGUAAAAUUUCUAUAACAUUAAAUGCGGACUGGUAUGAGCCUAGAACAGCGAAUCAAGAGGACAAAGAUGCAGCUAAGAGAGCGGAGCAGUUUCAGCUGGGUUGGUUUGCUCACCCCAUCUACGUCAACGGUGACUACCCAGAUAUCAUGAAAAGACAAGUUCAGAAAAAAAGUACUGGUACAUCAAGACUGCCAGCAUUUUCAGAGGAGGAAAAGAAAAGAAUAAACGGUACGUUUGAUUUCUUCGGCUUGAACCACUAUACCACACAGUGGAUUAGUAAUAACGCCACUGGCAGAGACAAACCUGACUACUCUCUAGACCAGGAAGUGGAUUCUACACGUGACUACCAAAAUUGGCCAAGCUCUGGGUCUGUGUGGCUGUACGUGGUACCAUGGGGUCUGCGGAACUUGCUGAAAUGGAUUCGAGAUGAAUAUGGAAACCCGAACGUCUUCAUCACAGAAAACGGAAUGUCUGACAGGAACCGAACAUUCAGUGGGAUUAUGAACGAUACACACAGGAUAUUCUACUACAAACACUACAUCAAUAAUGUACUUAAAGCGAUCAAGAAAGACAAUUGUAACGUGAUCGGCUACACUGCGUGGUCACUGAUUGACAACUUUGAGUGGUCACGUGGUUAUGAAGAAAAAUUUGGCCUCCAUUUUGUGAACAUGUCUGACCCUGCGCGGCCACGAGUUGCAAAGGACUCAGCAAGAUACUACAAACAGAUAGUGAAGGACAAUGGCUUCCCUGAACCUAGGCAUGCCUCUUCAAGCGCAUUUACACUCGAUUGCUUUUGGUCGGUGUUUUCCUCCGGCGUAUUAACGACUUUCAUUUUCCAUCUGAUGAACAAAAUGUAGAAUCCAUGAUAUCUUGAUGAAGACAAACAUUUAAACUAACUACAAAUUAAUGUCUUGGUAAGGUAUUGUGACAGAGCUGUUAAAUA